GAGCGCUGUCAGCGCGGUUAUAAGGGCAGGAAAAGUUGCCCGCGGAGAGCCGGGCAGGCGCACGCUCGUACGGCGGCCGCAGCGGCAGGGCGGGGCCGCGGAGCAGCGGGUGGCGGCGGAGGAAGUCCCGGAACGCGACCUCGCUCCCCUCGGGGUCUCGCUUGGGCCUCGGCGGGGUCCCGGGAUCGCCAGGACUUUUGCACGCAGCCAUGGGCGGCGUCGGGGAGCCCGGCGGGAGACCCGCGCAGCUGGGGGCGCCGCUGCCCACCUUCCGCUGGGAGCAGAUCCGCCCGCACAACCUGCCGGGCGACAAGUGGCUGGUCAUCGAGCGUCGCGUCUACGACAUCAGCCGCUGGGCACAGCGGCAUCCGGGGGGCAGCCGCCUCAUCGGUCACCACGGCGCGGAGGAUGCCACGGAUGCCUUCCACGCCUUCCACCAGGACCUCAGUUUUGUGCGCAAGUUCCUGCAGCCCCUGCUGAUUGGAGAGCUGGCCCCGGAGGAGCCCAGCCAGGAUGGACCUCAGAAUGCCCAGCUGGUCGAGGACUUCCGAGCCCUGCGCCAGGCAGUUGAGGACAUGAAACUCUUUGAGGCCGACCCCGUCUUCUUUGCUCUCCUGCUGGGCCACAUCCUGGCCAUGGAGGUCCUCGCCUGGCUUAUCAUCUACCUCCUCGGCCCCGGCUGGGUGCCCAGCACCCUCGCCGCCUUCAUCCUGGCCGUCUCCCAGGCCCAGAGCUGGUGUCUGCAACACGACCUGGGCCACAUCUCCAUCUUCAGGAAGUCCUGGUGGAACCACUUGGCCCAGCAGUUCGUGAUGGGGCAGCUGAAGGGUUUCUCUGCCCACUGGUGGAACUUCCGCCACUUCCAGCACCACGCCAAGCCCAACAUCUUCCACAAGGACCCAGACGUGACCGUGGCGCCUGUCUUCCUCCUGGGGGAGUCAUCCAUCGAGUACGGCCAGAAGAAGCGCAGAUACUUACCCUACAACCACCAGCACCUCUACUUCUUCCUGAUCGGCCCACCCCUGCUCACGCUGGUGAACUUCGAAGUGGAAAAUCUGGCAUACAUGCUGGUGUGCCUGCAGUGGACGGACUUGCUCUGGGCCGCCAGCUUCUACAUCCGCUUCUUCUUAUCCUACAUCCCCCUGUACGGCGUUCCUGGGGCGCUGCUCCUCUUCGUGGCUGUCAGGGUCCUGGAGAGCCACUGGUUCGUGUGGAUCACACAGAUGAACCACAUCCCCAAGGAGAUCGGCCACGAAAAGCACCGGGACUGGGCCAGCUCCCAGUUGGCAGCCACCUGCAAUGUGGAGCCCUCCCUCUUCAUUGACUGGUUCAGCGGACACCUCAACUUCCAGAUCGAGCACCACCUCUUCCCCACGAUGCCAAGGCACAACUACCGCAGGGUGGCCCCGCUGGUCAAAGCGUUGUGUGCCAAGCACGGCCUCAGCUACGAGGUGAAGCCCUUCCUCACCGCCCUGGUGGACAUCAUUAGGUCCCUGAAGAAGUCUGGCAACAUGUGGCUGGAAGCCUACCUCCACCAGUGAAGGCAGCACCCAGGACCCUGGCAGCCACCAAGCCGCCUGGAUGCUCCCCAGCUGCACCCCCCCACACACACCCCGGCACGCCCUCCCCUGUCUGCUCCACAGCCCUAAGGCCAGCGCCCUCAACCCAAGAGGCCCAGAGCUAGGGGGGUGGUGUAUACAGCCACGUGGUGAGCAUGGCAUGUUUUCCUAGAGCAAAAAAAAAUAGGGGAAGAUGUUAUUUUUAUAUAAAAACAAACCCAGAUAUGUUA